AAUACCUGAGGUGGGCGGGGCUUUGCUGUCAGUCAGAACUAAGUCAACGACCUCUGACCAGGCAGUGAGAGAAACUCAGAAACUGUUGGAUUAAAGACGACGAUGGCAACAGAUUUCACCCAGGACACAGUGUUACAUUUCCUCCAGAGCAGCGGAGGCUCGGUGAAAAACUCAGACUUGCUUCUGCACUUCAGGAAUUUUAUUCGGGACCAUGCAGACCGAGACAGAAACCGGGAGCUCUUCAAAAAGUUUGUCAACUCUGUGGCCACCGUUCAACAGCUCGACGGCGUUUCCUACGUCGUCCUCAGGAGGAAAUUCAGAGGACUUGUCGGCGGUGACCGGGGCUCCUCCGGGCCGCUGCGACCCGCAGAGAAGAACAAGCAGCCCUACCCGGAAAACGCGAAACGGAGCCCCGCUGUGAGAGCAGAGAAGCCUCGGCAGAAACCUCCGCUGAAGGAGGCGACAACACCCGCCCCGCCGGGAGACUCCGACGGGAAUACAAUCUUAUCUGCGGCUGGGAUUGUGCUCAACAACAACAACAACAACAACUUGGAGACAAGUUUCAACCUCAGGCAGCAGCAGGUAAUAAAAACACCUGAAGUUUGCGUGAGACCUGCAGCAGGUGAGGUGGUGAGUCAGAUCCCAGAGAAAAAGCAAGUGCGAAUCUCCAGCCUGUCAGAGCCUCCUGCCCAGGGUCAGCUUACUAAAGUAGGACAGCUCAGGGUGGGUCCAGGCCUGCCUCCAGAACCCACACCUGUGGUCUCAGCCAUCAGACAUGACGGAGCAGUCUCCCAGCAGCCUCCAGUCCCAGAACCCCUGAGAGGGAGGCAGUUUGAAGGAGCUCUUCAACAGGAGCGUCCUCUUCAUCCUCAGGUCGUCCCACACCGCAUCCGACACAGACCCAGCUACAAAACUGCUGUUUCUUAUGAUGAAGAUGAGGAGGAAGGGGACAAGGUCCAGAUGAGGCCGGGCUCAGCAGGAGGAGCGUGGCCCGUUAGCACUCCUCUUGGAGACAUAGGGAGGGCUAUGUCUGCUUCCUCGCCAUGCAUUGUAGACCCACCCACCCCUCCUUCAAUAGUCUCGUCUUCCUCCUCUUCAUCAGAAAGGAAGCUCCCAAAGAUUUACAUCCACGAUGUGAAGGGAGAAAUGCUGCCUUCUGGUGGUUCAGACCGGAGAUUGGAGUCAGGGGUGGGGGUGAGAGGACAGUGGGCUGGACCAGGGUCGGGACCAGGAUCCGCUCCAAUAGAUCCAAUGUCCACCAGAUGCAGCCUACCUUCAGAGGUAGGGCACCACUCGCCAUCUCCAGACCGAACUCCAGAGGUGCUGCCUCACCAUGAUGCUCUCAUGGACCACAGAUACCCGCAGCCUGCAGGUGUCCAGCUGGAGCCCAGGCAGGGGCUGGGUCAACAGCUGUUGUCCGCCAGAGGAUCAGGGUGGAACAGCAGCUACGGGGAUCUACAGGCCAGAUCAGCAGCUGAGGUGGUGAGUCAGAUCUCAGAGAAAAAGCAAGUGCGAAUCUCCAGCCUGUCAGAGCCUCCUGCCCAGGGUCAGCUUACUAAAGUAGGACAGCUCAGGGUGGGUCCAGGCCUGCCUCCAGAACCCACACCUGUGGUCUCAGCCAUCAGACAUGACGGAGCAGUCUCCCAGCAGCCUCCAGUCCCAGAACCCCUGAGAGGGAGGCAGUAUGAAGGAGCUCUUCAACAGGAGCGUCCUCUUCAUCCUCAGGUCGUCCCACGCCGCAUCCGACACAGACCCAGCUACAAAACUGCUGUCUCUUAUGAUGAAGAUGAGGAGGAAGGGGACAAGGUCCAGAUGAGGCCGGGCUCAGCAGGAGGAGCGUGGCCCGUUAGCACUCCUCUUGGAGACAUAGGGAGGGCUAUGUCUGCUUCCUCGCCAUGCAUUGUAGACCCACCCACCCCUCCUUCAAUAGUCUCGUCUUCCUCCUCUUCAUCAGAAAGGAAGCUCCCAAAGAUUUACAUCCACGAUGUGAAGGGGGAAAUGCUGCCUUCUGGUGGUUCAGACCGGAGAUUGGAGUCAGGGGUGGGGGUGAGAGGACAGUGGGCUGGACCAGGGUCGGGACCAGGAUCCGCUCCAAUAGAUCCAAUGUCCACCAGAUGCAGCCUACCUUCAGAGGUAGGGCACCACUCACCAUCUCCAGACCGAACUCCAGAGGUGCUGCCUCACCAUGAUGCUCUCAUGGACCACAGAUACCCGCAGCCUGCAGGUGUCCAGCUGGAGCCCAGGCAGGGGCUGGGUCAACAGCUGUCCAGCCGCAGCAGCAUCCUCUCCUCCUCAUCUGACACAGGCUUCCCCAGCAGCGACUGGCAGCUGUCAGGCUCCCCCAGAGGAUCAGGGUGGAACAGCAGCUACGGGGAUCUACAGGCCAGAUCAGGUAAGGCAGGGGAUGGGUCGAUAAUCCAGGAGGUACUCCAUCGAACUCAAAGGACCAAGUUUGAGAGUGUCAUGCAUCAUGUCAAGAGUAAAACCUUGGCGCCUUGGCAUCGCUCCAGUGAAUAUCUGUAUGACUACCAGGAAUCUGCAGCUCAUGAUCUACCAAGACAUGUCUCAACAGAUGAUCUUUACAACAACCGGGAGGGUGCUGAUUCGAGCGAGGGCUCCACCUUUUCACCAGUGCAGCCACAGAGCCCGGCAGUCGUUAGGCGGCUCAACAGCCAGGUCAGGAGCAGGAUGUGCCGCAGCCUGGGAGCCGACCUCGACCAGAUCCUCCAGGAGGAGGCAAGGGGAGGAGUAGAAGGAGGAAGUGAGGCAGCUCGUCUGAACCGCCUCCACCUAAUCUCCUCGUCACUCAGCCUUCACUACAACCUGUCGUCCUCCUCGCUGUCAUCCUGUUCCACACCACCUCGCUGCCACAGCCUCGCUGACCUGGUGGAGGGGGUGGAGGGAAAAGGACUGAGGAGGAGUCUCCCUGCUGCGUCCUCAUCCUCCACUGCCCCUCAUGAAGGCCCCAGUAGGCAGUCACUGGUUCCUCUGGAGUCCAGGGAGCACACCUGGCUGGUGAAGGGAGCUGCAGGUGCGUGGCCCGACAUCUACUCCCUGUUCAGAGAGGACUCAUCCCUGCUCAACAGACGAGAUUUCAUUUCUGGCUUCACUGUGCUUCACUGGAUUGCCAAACACGGUGACCACAGGGCCCUCAACACUUUAUGGUAUGGAGUUGAAAAGGCCGGUUUGGCCUUCGACAUAAAUGCCAGGUCAACAUGCGGCCACACGCCUCUCCACAUCGCUGCUAUCCAUGGGCACAAGAAUAUAAUGCGGUUGCUGGUUAGUAAGUUCAAGGCCAAUUUGAAGCUGAGGGACACAGCUGGAAAGAAGCCCUGGCAGUACCUGAGUUGCACUGCGUCACCUGAUGUCUUCCAGCUGCUGGGAGCUCCACCACAGGCUGCUUGGAGAGAAGAAGUCGGAGUGGGGAGAGUAGAAAAGAGCUUGAAAUCAGAACAGCAUCAGCGGCGGAGGCGGCGGCAUCACUUCUCCUCAGCUUCUGGAGAGAGGCCACUGAUCAUAUCAGGCACGACGAGGGUCAAAAGGUCAUCGUCAAUCGCUGCGUUCCUCAAACAUAAAUCACUGCGUGGCUUCCAAGGACAUCAGUCUGAUUCCUCUAUUUAAAAACUUGACCUGAUGGAUUAUUAAACCUGAUUCAGGCCUCAAAACGGCAUAGCCAAGAUCAAGAAGUGGCCAAUGAUAUGUGUUUCACGUGCAUAUACCCCCACAGGUUUUCUUGGCACUGACCUAGCCCCCUGCGUUUUUACAUCUAGUUCUGACUGUUUGGAAAAAUAGUGGACUGUUGUCUUUUAAUUCUGGUGGGUUUUAAUUCACACUGACCUGUUACUAACAAGCCAAGAAACUCAAAGGUUAGUCUUAGAUUGGACAGUUUUGGCAACUGUCAUUCAGCAUCAUCAUGACCUACGUGGCAAAAUCUCUACAGGUGUGGCUGCUUCAGAAAUGCCAUUGGAAAAGUGUGGUGUAAUAUCAUUACAAAAAAAAAUGGUGCAACAUGGCUUUGUGCUGAAAAGGGUUAGGGUUGAGAAUUUUUUAAUUUCUUAAAAACUACUAGAAAAACAUGUGGCACAAGAGAGGGGCACUGACCAGCUGUGCUGUACUAUAGGAAAACAGUGGUUUUGCUGCAGCUCUUACUUGUGCAUCUUGCUUUGAACGACCAUUAAAACAUAACUAGCAUGGUACUCUACUAUAGGUAACACUGAUCACUGGCAUUUAAAAAAGAAGACUGGACAUUUGACACUUCAGUGGCCAGUUGUGUUGAUGGUGAGUAUUAGUAGCAUAUAGGGUAACUUAUUUCACACUGUAGUUAUGUUCUGUAAUGUUCAACACAAAUGAAUACACACAACAUACAGCUUAACAAUUACAUAGUUUUGUGAUGAUUUUGUUUUUCACUCUGACAGACUCGCUAUUCAAGUUCUUCAUGUAGUCUUUCAGUACAAGGGGAAUGGUCACACACUCAAGCGGGGCAUGAGUGUAAAGAAGGGAUACUAUUGGCUAUGCAGGCAAUGGGUGUGAGAAAAGGGUCAAUCUUUUAAGAGGGGCCAUAGGCAAUGGGCUGUGGCAUCUACCAUUUAGAAAUGGCCCUGGUUGAGUGGGUGAAAUGGGUGGAGACCCUCCAGCAAAAAAUGCAGGAGUAUCGAGAGAACUUGUUCAGUUCACUCCAAGAACCAAACCCACUGUUUGUUGGUGUUGCUGCCUUGUAUACUCCAAUAAACUCCUUUGUACCAGA